UGUCACCUUUCGCGUUUGUCAUGUUGGUAACGCCUGUGACACCUGAGAGCACACCGCUGCUGACAUCUGACAUCCGUUCUGCUGGGCUCACGGCUCACCUCUCCUUCUACAACCCCCACUCAUCUCUGUUUACUCCGUACUCCGGAUAGCCCUGGCGACUCUUCUUUCGGUCGAUGACACAGCGCGACCCGUUGACCAAGAACCUCCAGUUGGUACAGGGUCAGCUGCGCGAAGCUUCAGCCUCAAUGGCCACCGUUUGGCACGACAGCGGCGUCCACCGCCGCACAUAUGACCUUCGAAACGAUCUAGCAAACCCCGAGCCAUAUUGGACUUAUAGUCAACAAGGCUAUUCGCCUGCGCAAUGCCCCUUGCCGACCACUGUACGACACCCACAGCAUCAAAUCUCCAUAAAUGAUCAGCCCGCUUCCCGGUUCCGCGCAUAUGCUGAAGAGCAGUCAAGCAAUCACAACCCCUCUACGGCUCCUUCCAAUGGGUUGAUCAUCUCCACUCGACUAACACCGUUAGCGUCCCCUCGCCCUCCACAUUCCGGAUAUGCAAUUGAUCCCUCUGUUAGUGGUUCCUUUUGUCCUACGUACGCAGAGGGACGGGCUCCAGGGAUAGACGAUGCCUUCCCUGUUCGGCAACAGAUAUAUGAUGGGACGCUCGUCAGCCCAACAUUAGUACCUCCUCUGCAGUGUUCGGCUCCAGUGGCUACCGUGCUGAAUCCCGCACACGGUUUUAUCGCUUCUUCAAGCCAUGUCCAAGGCGGCGAUAGAGAGACACAUCUGCAUUGGCCCACCACUAUGAGUCCGCUAGCUGUACGACAAAUCAUCCAUGAACCUACCACGACUAACGAUACUCCUCCUUCCUCUGCGCGCAUUCAUUCAAGCUCGAUGAUAUGGAGAUUGGGCGAAGUCCAACAGGCGGAGCAGGCGGGACAGGCCGCUAGGGCGUCUGGAUCUACCUCGGCCAUUCUCGCUCCGUUCCACAUGGUGGCGACUGGCGCUUCUGGCCCAGGUCUCCAGGAUGGACAGCAAUAUUGCUUGAGCGCAGCAUAUCUCCCCGAAGAUACACAUCAUGCAGGUUUGGUGAUAUCAUCAGGUCGGAGGCAGUCCGCUAGCCGAAAGGCCGCCCCUCGGGUUCCCGCUACUUUCAAGCCAAGGCAGAAAAAAACCAAGGUAGUCAAAAGGUCAGGUCCGCUAUCGGAGAAUAACAGACAAAAAACACACAGGAUGCGAUCUGGCGCCAAGAUGGGCAAAGGGAACUGCAUCCGUUGUAGGUUCUACAAAGCCCGUUGUGACGAGAAUGAAAUCUGCCUGCCUUGUUUGAAGAUUAUGCGUGCCGCUCGGGUUUGUCCACCUAUAUGCAACCGAGGACGCAUUGAGCUCGCAAGCAUAGCUCGCAGGUGCAAUGGCCGAUUUGCGCAACCCGAAGCGGACUUCCUGCAGUACCCCUGGAAGAGCGCGAAGGAGUACAUCAUUGAGUUUGUUUGGAACCUUCCGGGAUUUGGGCCCGUACCUGGAGCAAGACUGAGCAUAACCUGUCGCGAAUAUGAACCAGAGGGCUCUAUCAGAGACGCGACAAAGUCGGAGUGGGAGACUGAGAACGGCAUAGUGGUCUCUGUCCAGCAGCCCGCUUACGCUGUUUCCGAUACCUUACGAUUGCAGACUGACGUUGAAGCCCUCUUCGUGCAGCACCUUCCACAGCAUCUUCCUAAAUUCAAAGAGUGGAUUCUCGAUCGAACGAGGUACAAUCCUUUGUCGCACAUUACUUUCCAGGAAGCUUUCCGACUGCAAGAGAGGGGAGGGCCGGGAAGUGAGCUAGUUGUAGCGGCUUUACGAGUCCAGUGGCUGUCAAUAUUAUCACAAGGCUACGGCUCAAUCCGCUCCACCGAUAUUCCGGGAUUGAAUCAAUAUGAUUACAGGGCGAUGGGCCGUAGCACGUAUGAAGCGUACAAUCGCAACUCAAGCGAUCGGCCGCUACCAGAACCCGUAACGCACGCAUGCGAUGUGUCCAUCCUCAAGCUGCUCAAACAGGCUGAGGCGAGGUGCGUAAAAUUGCUUGGGAAGGCCAUUUUUACCUCUGGCGUAAAACCAUGGUAUUGGCUGCUUCUCAGCUUUAGCGUCAUAACCUGGAAUAUGGAGUAUAUUCACAGCGGUGCCGAAGGAUACAUCCGGUCAAAGGUCCACACGCAUGUUGAAAGGCAAGUCAGUGCGGUUGUCAGCGAGCAAAUGCGCAAAUGGGAGACCUCUUUCCAGAAUAUCUUGGACCACUGGAGAAUAAGCCUUCGAGAUUUCAGGCCAUUCGUGGUAGCCAGGAACAACCCGGAAGACUUAUGGAGGAGUGGACAGUUACCCGACUACGGGGCCCUCGAGUAUAUGAAAAAGAUGGCUGCAAUGCUUGAUAACCCGAGUUCAGGCCAAUACGCACCUCCUAUGAUUGGACCUUCCGCAUUGACGAACCUUCUGGGAAGCAGAUGGAUGAUUAAAUUGAUGGAGGAAGCUGGCAGGUCGGCAACCCAUGCGGCGGCAUGACUCUAGGAGAAAAACGAUGUUAAGCGUGUGCGACUCACUUCUGCUGACAUAUUUCCGAUCGCUUACUUGCUCAGAUAUGGGUACUAAUGAGAUUGGCUUGAGUCGUUUCAUUCACAGUCUGGAUAUCAUACAAUCUCCUUGUGAAACCCCCAGAGCGCCAUUUGAAACUGGUCAUGCC